AGAUAUCCUGGAGCACCAAGCGGUCCACAAACAUUGACCCAGUGUUGGGCGAUCGUCUCCGAGGCCCCACGGUUUAUCAAGUUGGUUGAAAAAAAUGGCGGAUGUCGACUUGAACAUCGACAGCUUGAUACAGAGAUUGCUCGAAGUAUAUCACUCACAGAAUAAUGAUCAGGUCCAGAAGAAGGGCAGGCUAGCUGAUAUAUUUCUCUCAGAGUUUGCUGUUCGAGGAUGUCGUCCAGGAAAAUCGGUUAUCAUGACGGAGGCUGAGGUGCGUGGCUUGUGCCUGAAGAGCCGUGAGAUAUUUUUGCAACAGCCAAUACUUUUGGAAUUGGAAGCACCACUCAAAAUAUGCGGCGACAUACAUGGCCAAUACACGGAUUUACUUCGGCUAUUUGAGUACGGUGGAUUUCCCCCCGAGUCGAAUUAUUUGUUCCUCGGGGACUACGUGGACAGGGGUAAACAGUCUUUGGAGACUAUUUGUCUCCUCCUUGCGUACAAGAUUAAAUACCCCGAGAAUUUUUUUCUACUGAGGGGUAAUCACGAAUGCGCCAGUAUCAACAGGAUAUACGGUUUUUAUGACGAGUGCAAACGCAGGUACAAUAUCAAAUUAUGGAAGACGUUUACUGAUUGCUUCAAUUGUCUACCGAUCGCUGCUAUCAUCGAUGAGAAAAUAUUCUGUUGCCAUGGAGGAUUGAGUCCUGAUCUGCAGGGAAUGGAACAAAUCAGACGGAUCAUGAGACCGACUGAUGUUCCGGACACUGGACUACUCUGUGAUCUCCUUUGGUCUGAUCCAGACAAAGAUGUUCAGGGCUGGGGAGAGAACGACCGAGGUGUAUCCUUCACCUUCGGCCCAGACGUAGUCUCAAAAUUCCUAAACCGUCACGAUAUGGAUCUGAUAUGCAGAGCCCACCAGGUUGUCGAGGAUGGGUACGAAUUUUUCGCAAAACGCCAACUGGUCACGCUAUUCUCCGCCCCGAAUUACUGCGGUGAAUUCGACAAUGCUGGCGGCAUGAUGAGCGUCGAUGAGAAUCUCAUGUGUAGCUUCCAGAUUUUGAAACCAUCCGAGAAAAAAGCUAAAUAUCAGUACGGUGGGAUGAUAGCGGCACAGACUGGAAGGCCAUCAACACCCCAGAAGAAUCCGACCAAAAAGAGCAAAAAAUGAUCGUCAUAUCCAGCUGAUCCUGCAUAGCAGUCAACACUCAUGUCAUUCUAGUUGUGGGACGUCGUAUUAUCCAAUUGAGCCCAUAACGCCACAGUCGAACGUAUACAAGUACCUCUUCCUCGAUUCGCAACGUUUAAAUCGUUUUUAAAGAACCUAAAUGAGCAAAAAAAUUAACAAUUGGUGGAGAGAGAUAUGAGUGAUGACAGGGUUUUGAAGAUACUGAAAGGAGAAAUAUUGAAAAUACGAUAUGAUCAUUCUUCCUGUUAAUUAUUGACACAUGAUUAUUCUAUUAUUUUUCCAUGAAUUAACUGUUGAAUUCUUAUCAGAGCUUCUGUUUAUUUCGUGCAUUAAUUACUAAAAUUCGUACUUCCAGAAUUUAGAAGUGGGGGGUGGCACACCUCUAACGUGCAUUUCGUAAAUGUACUUUAUUUAUUGCUUAUGGAUCACCCGUCGUCGUUGAUUGAGAAUUCGCUUGUCGGCUUGUUUAUCUAUUAAAUCCAAUUUUUUAUAUGAAAUUUUGUUGUGAGAGUAGCAGGGUAGACUUUAAUGCAAUAAUUUUCCUUAUUAUUUAAUUGUCGUUUUCUUGGUGUUUACCCAGGCAUUUAAUUUCUCGCUUACUCAGCGGCAUCGCAGGUUGUUCACGCACGCAUUUGUUUUCUUUUUUAUUUCGAUCUUACUAUAUAUCCGUCUCUUCUUGAGUCACUUCCUCAGAAAUGAAACGCCGACUUGUGAGUGUGAGAAUGACUAACUGUGAAUUCUGUGAGUGCGCGAGGGUGAAUGAUUAGAUUUUGUGGAGAGAUAAAUAAUGAUGAACAGUAUUUUUUAUGGCGAUGCCUCUGUAUAGAUAAUUAUAAGUUUUCCGGAGAUUUAUUCUGGGAGGAGACGAUUAUUGGGGAGUUUGGGGUUGCUCAGUGGAAAUUGUUGGGGAACCAGUGGACAGGAGACGAGUGAACGAAUCUUCGAUUAAUUAUUUCGUCAAGGGGAGACUACAGUGAGUUGUUAAAUAUUCUCAAACUCUUAAAUACUCCGAGUUUUACGAUUUUUAAGUUACAAAUGCAUUCUUUCAUGAUAACAAUUACAUUCAACAUGGAAAAUUGCACUACUUAUGUAAACACAUCGCCGCAAAAAAUGAAGCUAUGAAAUAUUUAUCGUUUAUAUUAUAUGAGUUUCCAUUUGGAUUAAUAAAUUGUACAUCCGAAAUUUUUGAAGAAUCAUUUAUUUUUGCUGAUUUACAUUAAUAGAGCAAUUUUUUAGAUUAAAAAAACGGAAGAUCACGGUAUCUUUCUUAGGUUCAGAGAUAUUACCGAUCCAUGUUGUUGGAGUCUCCUGUGAUGACUUAACAAUUGAUUUCGUUCGAUUCGAUUGUUUUCAAUAGUAAGAAAUUCACCAGGUUGUGUCAUAAGAUCAAAUGGUUCGCCUUAGGUGGGCAUUGCAAUAUUCUCGUGUCCUUUCAUUGCAAUUCGAGGUAAAAAUCGAAAUUAAGAAAAAUACAAAAGUAAAAUAAUAUUACUGAUAUAAUGAUUAGUAUACCGAGCGGAAGAUGUAAAAUUACAUGGGAUAACUAUCAUAACUGUACAAAUAUUAUUUUUGGUUGAUCUGUAGAAUCGUGGAGACAGAAUUUCCUCCGGAUUUAGUCUUACCUUUCCACUUGAAAAUUGGUAAUUAGAAUUCCUGAAUUUAGGAUUAUUCGUAGAUAAAACGAGAGGAUUUUGUUGACGACGGCAUAAGAGACUGCCUGUUGUGCACUUUAUUGAUUGAAUAGUACCUAUUAAUAUUUCACUUAUAUUAUAUUGUUCACGUAACUAUCAUUUACGUCGAGAUGAUUAUUUUGCGGUUGUUCAACAUAACGUAGUGAGUAAAAAGAGUCUAUAAAACGACGAUGAAGAUAAAAGAAUAAUGCAAAUAAGAGAAACACCUCAAGUUGUAAACUUUCAGAUAAUAAAUAUCCCUAUUGUUGUAAAAA